AACAUGUAACACAUUUUACAGGUUAUCAAUGUUGCAUUGGCUCUUGCUGCGAAACCACAAAGUAAACUAGCGCAAGAAAACAUGGAUCUCUUCAAAGAACUAUGGGAAAAGCAAGUCCGUGUAUUGACAGAUGCUGUAGAUGACAUCACUUCCAUCGAUGACUUCCUGGCUGUUUCAGAGAAUCAUAUUUUAGAAGAUGUAAACAAAUGUGUGAUUGCUCUCCAAGAAAAAGAUGUUGAUGGUUUAGACCGAACAGCUGGUGCAAUUCGUGGACGUGCAGCUAGAGUCAUUCAUGUUGUAACUUCCGAAAUGGAUAACUAUGAACCUGGAGUCUACACAGAAAAGGUGCUGGAAGCAACAAAGUUGUUGUCCAAUACAGUUAUGCCCCGUUUUACUGAGCAAGUGGAAGCUGCUGUGGAAGCACUUAGUUCUGACCCUGCUCAGCCAAUGGAUGAAAACGAAUUUAUUGAUGCUUCACGAUUGGUGUAUGAUGGAAUUCGGGAUAUCAGAAAAGCUGUAUUGAUGAUUAGAACACCUGAAGAGUUGGAUGACUCUGAUUUUGAGACUGAAGACUUUGAUGUCAGAAGCAGAACAAGUGUUCAAACUGAAGAUGAUCAGCUCAUUGCUGGGCAAAGUGCAAGAGCUAUCAUGGCUCAACUCCCUCAAGAGCAAAAAGCUAAAAUUGCUGAGCAAGUAGCAAGCUUCCAGGAAGAGAAGAGUAAAUUGGAUGCUGAAGUGUCAAAAUGGGAUGACAGCGGUAAUGAUAUUAUUGUAUUGGCAAAACAAAUGUGUAUGAUUAUGAUGGAAAUGACAGACUUCACCAGAGGUAAAGGACCACUAAAAAAUACAUCAGAUGUGAUUAGUGCAGCCAAGAAAAUUGCAGAGGCUGGGUCAAGGAUGGACAAGCUGGGACGGGCUAUUGCUGACCAUUGCCCAGAUUCUGCCUGCAAACAAGACCUUCUAGCCUAUCUACAGCGUAUUGCUUUAUACUGCCAUCAGUUGAACAUCUGUAGCAAAGUUAAGGCAGAAGUUCAAAACCUUGGAGGAGAACUGGUGGUCUCUGGGGUGGACAGUGCUAUGUCUCUGAUCCAAGCUGCAAAGAACCUGAUGAAUGCAGUGGUGCAAACAGUGAAGGCUUCCUAUGUGGCAUCUACUAAAUAUCAAAAGUCCCAAGGAAUGGCUUCCCUGAACCUUCCUGCUGUGUCUUGGAAAAUGAAGGCUCCAGAGAAGAAACCUCUGGUCAAGAGAGAGAAACAGGAUGAAACUCAAACCAAAAUCAAAAGAGCAUCCCAGAAGAAACAUGUUAAUCCUGUGCAGGCUCUCAGCGAGUUCAAGGCAAUGGAGAGUAUUUAAAGAGAAGUUUUUCUUUCAGACCACUACUGCUACUUCUAGAACUUUACUUUUAAUAUUCUAAGGAUUUCAAAAGUUUACUAUUCAUUAAAAUGUAUUUACUUAAUAUAAUUUGGAUAACUUUGUUUAGAUUACAUGGGGAAAUACUCAAAUUUAUAAAUCCUAUCAAUACAACCUCAGUCUGCAAAUGUUUUAAUAUUAGGUUGCUUUUAGACUUCAGGGGCAUAUUUCUAGGUGACAAUUAUUUUGUAUAACUCUGCUAAACUAAAAUAUAUCCUAUAACCAAAGAAUCUUACAGUAACACUAAUCAUUAACCUUAGUAGCUGGUCAUGUUACGUCUUUCAAUGACUGCAGUUUUACAUUGUGAUCAAGAGGAAAACAUCACUCAAAAGAGAGAAUUAAAUUACUAAUGGAUGCAUUAGUGUAUUCACACAUGGUGUGUGUAGGGGAUAAACUUUGUGUGUUAGAAUAUGAGGAUAGCAGGUGCUAGCUGUGCUUCUUAUACAAUAAGGCAGCAGUGGAAAAACAUCUGGAAAAGUAAUACACUGUCGCACACUUUUCUAACCUGAGUGGAUUUGAUUUUUCUUUUUUAAUUUGGAAUAGAGCUUUUUGUUGCAUUUGUUUAAAAUUGCUGUUUUCCAAGACACUACUUGAGCUGUGGGUAUUAGAGCUAUUUGACAGAAAAUUAAAGCCCAUUAAAGCAUCUUGAGGGUAAAGUAUUUUCUGGUUACUUUGCAAUAGGCCUUUUGUUAAGGGUUUUUCAUGUAUGUCUCUCCAGGAGGAGAACCCAUAAGAAAUUCAGUAAAACAUAUAAUGCAUCAUGGAGGAAACUGAUUACUUUUUUUAUAACACAAAAUGAGAAUUUUAAUGGUUGGUUACAAAUUACUAAUGUACUUUGCCGCAGGACACUAAUAAAGUUGCUUUAUCAGCUGGUA